AUGUCAUUAUGCUCUUUCCCUGCACUUCAACAUUUCAUUACUGACUUUUGAGAUUUCAGUGUUUUUGUGCACUACGGGCUAUAGAUCGGGGCAGGGUGAUUUAAGGCUGCAGGAUAUCGAUCAUAAAAUUAUUGAUGGAGAAUGGUGAAACAAGACUUCAACAAACGGAAAUAAGCACAGUGAUUGACAUACAAGAGUCUGACUCAGACUUCGAAGGAAGUAAACAAAUGGAAAGAAGCAAUGAUGAUGCGGUGACUGACAUUAAAGUUGAAGGCCCGGACUCGGUAUUGGAAGCAAGUGAAAAUAUAGAGAGAAUUGAUGAUGAUGCGGUGAUUGACAUUAUUGAAGUUGAAGACCCAGGCUCAGAAUUGGAAGCAAGUGAACAAAUGGGAAGACGUGAUGAGGAUGCAGUGAUUGACGUGGGAGACCCGUACUUAGAAUUGGAAACUUAUCUAAUGAAUGAACUGGAAUCUUUGCAUCCUUUAUCUGAAAAAUGCACCAUCCAUUGUGUUCAAGAGAAUGUACGCCGGCUAGAUGAAAAAGCUUACACACCCCGAAUAGUCUCUAUUGGUCCGAUUCAUCAUGGUAAACUAGAGUUAAAAGCUAUGGAAGAGUAUAAAAGAAGAUACUUACAACAGUUUCUUGAAAGAACUAAUCAGUUGAAAGAGAAACCAGAAAUUCUAACAACACCAACAGUAAAAGAACUAUAUCAAGCUGGAGUGAAGUUUAAGUUGGGGUUAAGCAAAAACUUAUUUGAUAUAAAAUUUCACAAUGGAAUAUUAGAAAUUCCACGAUUCACAGUAGUAAGUUCCCUGGAAAAUGUUUGGAAAAAUCUUUUGGCCUUUGAGCAUAGUCAAUGCGACGAUGAUCUCUUAAAUGACUAUAUUAUCAUCAUGAAUUAUCUUGUUAACACUCCCAAGGAUGUGGAUAUACUUGUCCAACAUAAAAUUAUUCAAAAUCCAGUAGGAGAUUGUGAACUGGUGUCAAGUCUAUUACACCGCCUUAAUCAACGGCCUGUUUUCAGUUCUCGUUUCCUUUAUUCUUCUCUUGUGGAAGAGCUGAACGAGUACUGCAGAAGACCAUCGCACCGGUGGAAGGCAACCUUGAAACAAGAUUAUUUCAAAACUCCAUGGACCACCGUUUCUGUAAUUGCUGCUACUAUUCUCCUCAUACUCACUGUAAUUCAAACCAUAUGCUCUAUCCUCCAGGUUAAAUAGGUUAUAAUAGAUAAUUACUGUGUUUUUCUUUCAUGCCAACUUCUUUCUCCAUGGCAAUAUUUAUUUCUAUGAAAAUGGAUUCCUUUAUUGUGCUUGUAGUGAAAGUUUAUUCAAAGUAAUUUAAGCUCGUGUUUGCUGUAAUUUCAGCUUUGUUUAACACACAAUAUACAGUAGAAAAGAAGAUUGAAAGUCAAGAUAAUUUCUGAGUCAAAUAUUACUUGAGCUUGGAGACAGAGAAGAAAUUAGAGGAAUAAACUAUGCAGAGCACUGUAUUUAACUGCUCUAGAUGAUUUAAAUCUUGAUUUUAUGGUUUUAG